UUCAGAAGGUUUACUUUUGUGCUGCUUUUUGUACAUUUCUUUGAAAAGGUGUAUUGCUCAUUGUGCCCAGUUGGCCACGUUAUUUUCUGCAUCUCUGCCCUGUUUCCCAUUGCAUAUAAAGAAAUUCAACAUGUUUGCUUGGGGUGUGUAUUUAUUCUACGCCCUUACAAUUUACAUUGGCGGAAGUAACGGGUUUCUUUAAACAGAUUUAAAAAAAAUGAGUCGUUCAAGUCACGUCAAUAAAGCAUUUACUUAUUCCGCGGAAGAUGGCAGCACAAGACGUAGCUAAUGAACGUUCCCUCUGGUAGUACUAUUCUGUGACUGCCAUUAUAUGACAUCAAUUCCAAAAUGGCGCAAAAGUAUUUGGGGGUUGUAGUGUUCUGAAGUGAAACACUAAAGAGAGACAAAGAAAUUGGUCAUCGUCUUGAAUAUUGGCGUUAAUUGUAGGCCUCGGGGGCGGAUUUCAAAAAGUUAUUCCAAGUGGGCAUUUCAUUUUAUUCAGUACUUUUACUUGUAGCCGUACUGAAAGCAUUGGAAUCAAUUUUUCUUUUUCUUCUUUUUUUUUACGAAUCGAAUUUGUAUGCGAUUGGGAAGUUGAAUCCGAUGUGAAAGUACGGGUCCUCGCCCAGCCCUUUUGCGGUUCCACUAGAACGGAAACAUUGCAAAGGGACGAUUAUAGCUGGGCCGGAAUUCAUUGCAUGAAGUGUUCAGAAAACAAAAAUACUUUCCCUAAGUGUCAAAAUUGAGUGAAACGUCAUGUCACAAAAAAUGUGGAACAAUAUACCCGAUAUGUUUUUCGUCACUCCAAUAAUGGGUCUUCAUUGGAAACUUGAAGUACAUAAUUUAAACCAGUUCUUUCACCAUGACCAAGCAAAUGGAGCUCUUCAGAAGCUGAUGAUAAUGUGCUACUCUCUAACAUUCCACAUUGAAGGUCUGAGUGGAGAAAUGCAUUAGGGAGAUUUUCAUAUAAUGAGGCAUAUUAAUUGGGGAAUGGGGCAGUGCCGACAGCGGGGGUGAUGGCGCCCCAUGGGGGGCUUGCGCAGCCGCCACAGAUCGUAAUGGAAGGGACAAGCCACAGUUCUAGCAACACAACAGAUGUGGACAUCCCCCCUGAGGCCCAGCCCCCCGCUCCGGCAGCCACACUAGUCAAAGACAUGGACAUGAAUGAGUGCUCGGCCCACGACAGGGACAGGGGUUUGACAGAUACUUCAGAAGGUACUAGAGAUGAGGAAAAUGUUAAAGUUAAGUUUGAGACAUUGAGAGCAAUGGAACAGGCAGAAACAAUUGAUAUUGACAGUCACAUGUCUGAUAGGAGUCCUACCUACCAGAACCUUAAUGGUGCUGCUCUAUUGCAGCAAAGUGUGGGUGAAGAUGAACAUACAAUGCAUACUAUGAUGAUCACACCAGAGCUCCUGGGCCUUAUCCCAUCAUCAUCAGGGCAUUCAGAUGUGAGUAGUGAUGCUGGGAAAGGUGGACCAAAGACGUGGACUCAAGAAGACAUGGAGCUAGCUCUGGAUGCUCUACGGAACCACAAUAUGAGCUUAACUAAGGCAUCGGCAACGUACGGUAUUCCAUCCACCACGCUGUGGCAGCGAGCCCAUCGUAUGGGCAUAGACACGCCUAAGAAGGAAGGCCCCACAAAAUCGUGGACAGAAGAAAAUCUUAAUAAUGCACUGGAAGCAUUAAGAACUGGAACAAUCUCAGCCAACAAAGCUAGUAAAGCAUAUGGUAUACCAAGUAGCACCCUGUACAAGAUAGCUCGACGCGAGGGAAUCCGUUUAGCUGCGCCAUUCAAUGCAGCACCUACCACCUGGAGUCCAGAUGAUCUUGAACGAGCUUUAGAAUCCAUCCGUUCUGGCGCUACAUCAGUCCAGAGAGCAUCAACAGAGUUUGGUAUCCCGACUGGAACGUUAUAUGGCCGUUGCAAGAGGGAAGGCAUCGAGUUAUCGCGUUCAAAUCCGACACCGUGGUCAGAAGAUGCCAUGGGCGAGGCCCUAGAAGCCGUUCGUGUUGGACAGAUGAGUAUCAACCAAGCAGCCAUCCAUUACAAUUUACCUUACUCAUCUUUGUACGGUCGGUUCAAGAGAGGUAAGUACGAAGCCGAAGGACACCAUCCAGAUGACGGGCCGUCGCCGCCGCCGCCGCCUCCUCCUCAAGUGAUGGUAGUACCAUACCAGCAACCACCUCAACAGCAACCACCCCAACACAAUCAACACCUUCCUCAACAACCACCACAACAUCACUCACCCCAGCAGCAACAGCAUCCCAUGUACCAGCAACAUAGCAACAGUUGAGAGAUGGACAUGUGUGACGAAGGUAAAUCAUCUCCCGCCUACCUUCUUCCGUCGUAACUUCCGAGAAAAGUACACAUGCAGCUCUUCCCAGUGCGUGUCAACGUGGUUGUUGGCACGCAGUUGAACUCUGUAAUGCCAGUGAGAAUGUUGCAGAGACUUGAUUCUUGGCUGGCAUGAAUGAUUACCAUGGAGUAAGUGUCAUCCAACUUAAAACAUCAGAAAAGUCCUGCUAUGAUCCGUGACAAAGUUGUCGGGUUUUUUUUUCUUUUUCCCCUCCUCCUCCUCCUCCUCCUCCUUCUUCUUCUCCUCCUCCUUCUCCUCCUCCUCCUUCUUCUCCUCCUCCUCCUUCUUCUCCUCUUCCGCCUCCUCCUUCUUCUUCUCCUCCUCCUCCUUCUCCUCCCUAUGUCAUAUAGUCAGCCUAAUUGCAAGAAUUUUUUUGAUUCUCCAUGCUAUAGUGUAGCAGGUAAUUCAUUUGUUUCAGUCAACGUUGCUCGGAACGUCCGUAGUGUAAGAACUGACAGAAACACUACAGUCCAGUUACAGGCUGUUGUCUAGUGGUAACCGAAGUAACGGGUAUGAUUGUUUGUCACACUGCUCACAAAAUGCAGGUAAAUAGUUGGCAGUCUUACUUUGUAUUCGGAACGUCCCGUGCUCCAUUUUCACUGAAAAUUUUCAUGCUUUUCCACAGUUUCUCCAAGUAAGAGCCGGUGAACGUGCCACAACUGCUUCCAUUCUAGCAAGCCAUUAAUAUUAUCCUGUCACGUCUCUUAUAAUUUUUGCAGAUAGUAGAUGACAGAAAUAGACCAAAAAAAAACUCAAAAUGGGCUGUAGAUUUAUCUGUGAAACAAGCGCGUACGCCAGUAAAUGUGAAAUAACUCGGUAAUUAAAUUGAAUUGGCAGUUUUUGGUGAAUGCAAAAAGGCAAAGCAAGUACAGGUAAACCUUGUUUUACACCAAGGUUAGGUUCCUGAAGAUGCCGGUGCAUAUCAAAUUGGCGAAAGUUAAAGAAAUUAUAACGUAUUUCAAUGAGAUGGGUUCCAGCUCCGUUCCCAGUCAUGAUCGGUGUCGCCUAACUUCUGCAAGUACCUGUCGAUCCCAGCCAGAAUUUCCUAUAGGUUGCGGGUUUCUAUAGACCGUAAAACGGGCUCUUCUCGUCGAUUGUACGGCUAAAUCUUCCAGUUCUUUACUUGUGAGAGGCUGAGAAUGGCUCUCCGACAACUCAGUCACAUCAUCAGGCUCCGCUCUGUCGAGCCCCAGCUCCCGAACAAUUGCGGCUUGCGGCAACUUCGAUUGCGAUCUUUGGCACUUCCUCAAAUUCUCUGAAAUCCUGAGUGUGUACACACUCGGGCCGCACUUUCCACCACUGUAUUCGUACAAGUUGAUGUGACCUCUUCCCACGCAGCACCGACGUCGUUGAUGCCCUUCAUGAAAUUUUAGGACAUCCAGUAUUCAUUGAUGGACAUGUUGCAAUUGGAAGAGGAGAAUUGAGGAGGCCGUGGACCGAAUACGGACCGGAGAGCCAUAGAUGAAGAAGAAGAAGAAAUGUUUCCCAGAGGUAGUAGGCUUUAUAAUUUGCUACGUUGCCCUGGUCCAUUGGUUGUAAAAUGGAGGUGGUGUUUGGUAGCAGAUAUUUAACUCAUUCCGAUGUGUGGUGGGUGGAUGUCCUGGAGCAUCGUCCAACAUCAGUGCCCUCCGGAUUUUUCUUAUUAAUCGCAGUAUAGAAAUUUCCAUGAUUUUUGGGGAAAACAAAAUUACUACAAAAAUUUUCAAACCGGCGGAUAUUCAAAUUGUAAAACAAGAGUUUACCGUACUGUGAUAAAAAGAGUGCCAUCUGAAAAAUGACAUUCAAAAUUAAAUAAAUAAAUAUUUUAUUUAUUUUACAUUAAAUCUUAAUUCAAAAACCUUUCCAAAUGCAACUACACUACUAUUGUAAUUGCACAAAAUAAGAGAAUGUGGUGUACUUUAUGUGAAAUAAUGAUGCUACAUGUGCAAAUUAUCCUUUUUUACAAGUGCUGCUACCAUUAGACAGAUUUUAGAAGUGCUGAUAUGGAUUACAAAAUCAUUGUAGUAACAGUUUGGAAGGUAGCGUGGGUCAAAGGACAGAAGUAGAUGGAGGAAUGAAAACGAUAACAACAUGGAUAUGAACGAAAUCAUUCCGUGUUGAAUUUCAGUGGAACUUUUCCGCAAGUUUCACAAAAUAUUUAUAGCAUUUAAACCGUGAGUUGACAAACUGAUAUGAAAACUAAAAAAAGAGAAGAUUAAAUUGACAAUCCACAAAGAAAACAAAAUGUUGUAAAAUGGUACAUUUGGUUUUGCCCAGUGUGUCCCGUUAACUGAAAAGUUUCCCCUACUCUUAAGUUUUACGUAGCAAUAAUUUUGCCUUUGUUUGUUUCGUCUUCACUGCAUGAAGAAAAGAGAACAUUUCAUUCAUAACAGUUAGAGUGUUUGUAAAUUUUUAUGAAACGAGUUUUAUCAUGUAUUGAUAUGGCUUCAUUUUCAUACCCUUCCUGAAAAUGGCACACAUUAAAUUGUGAUGGUGAAAAUGUGGAGGUAAAGCUCCACACAUUCACUAGUUGCUGGAAAGGCGUCUCCUACCCUAGAGGUCAGCACGGAGCUGUACAUCCCCUUCACUUUCGUGGUUCAACGUGGAAGCAACUUUGCUUUCUGUAAAGAAUGGCUAGUAUUCAAAUACUAGAUACUUGUUUUAUUACAUUUCAUUUUACCUUAAAACUGAGUUAUUUCUCCAUAAAUCUGAUGCAGCAACUGAUGAAUACAGUAGAUUCCGGUUAAUCGGGGCAUCCGCUCAGUUGGGCCAAAGUGUCCUAAUCCCGAUGCGUGCCGAUUAACCGGAAUCCGCCGAACGUGAUUCGGGGUUCUUACUGCAUUGAAUGUUUUUAUUUGUGGCCUUGUGAUGUCACGCAGUUGUGUAGGUGGUUUUGUACACCACCUAGAAGACCAUUUAACAUUAUAAAUGUGUCAUUUGUAUAUCGCCAUAAUCAUAAUUCAGGUAUUUCCAGUAUAUUUUGUAGUAAACCCCUCGAUUAUUUAUUAAAGUAGCCAUGUUUCAUACCCGAGUCUUAUCUGUGGUUCUGAUAAGAAGUGAAGUUCUAGUCACUCCUAAAAGAAGAUCAGUAGUUCGGUCCUUUCUUUAUGUUCACUAAAUUUAAUUGUUUUCUAGCGUAAAUUAGCGCAAAAUGGUGAUAAUGUUUUAAGAAACAUAGAGUGAUUAUGAGGAGACUCACACUUCGUACAUGAACACGGGGAAUAAGGCUUGUAGAGUGGAAGCGGGCAUCAGACGUAUAUGUAAAAAGUCCAGUGAAAUGAAUUUGAAUAGCUUGCUUCUGUGCAGAAAUGGCAUAGAAAGCAAAGUAGGAUGAAUUAAUCACAUGUAUCCAAGUAUGAAAUGUUUUUAUAUAUUUCUACGAAGAUCAGUAUUUUUAUUCAUUUACGUUUAUCGUCUCCUGUUCGUAAAUAUAUUUUUUUAGGACGCUGGCUAACGUUGCAAUUCUUUUACGGCGUUAAUAUCCCGAUAUAUUGUAUAUGUUCUUUUACCUUUCCGUGUAUUUUCCUUUUAACGUUAUUUAUGAUAAGUAUUUUUCUUUUUAAUCCCGGCAGAAAUUGCCGAAAUUCUGUGUUGUGUUGACACUAGCUCCAAGGUGUAGCUUUCUCACUGAUGCAUGGGAGAGACAAAGAUACUUCCCACCAAUUUUAUAUAGCCGACGCCAGAAUGCUCCGAACAUGUGAAAUACAAACUGAAAGAUGUAAUAGAGUAACAUUAUGUAAUGUUUUUUAGAGAAGUUAGAUACUGUUUCUCUGGUCUUAGACAAGUGUUUGGGGAAAACUACAAGUUAAUGGUGCAAGACGUAAUUUCCCCUAGAUUAAGGGUUGGGAAUUAUAUUCCUUAUGUUUCUAUCAGAUUUUACUACUUGCUUUCUGUCCAUUGUUAGUAUCUUUCUAGAAUAAAGGAAAGUUACGUGCGAGAGAGA